UUUGCUUCGUUUUUUUUCAUGUGGUCAACCCCACCCCUAUCCAUGACCCCCGCAGAGACAGCAGCUCGUAUCACCCAGCUGUUAGGCUGUUGCCAGAACACUAUCUCAUCGGGGAAGGCGUGUCGGUCCCCGAAUAAGUCCCUUUGUCCUCAAUCAGUGCCCAGCCUGCGACACUCAUGGCGGCUGCACCCGUCAGGCAGCGCUGCGGCUCGGGGGGCCCCCGUUCCCAGCUCCCACCCUGCUACUUCGAGGGCUACCUGGAGAAGCGAGGACCGAAGGAAAAGGCUUCCAGAAGGCUUUGGACUUGCCUUUGUGGGAACUCUUUGUAUUUCUUCAAUAACGCUAAGGAUGCUCAUUAUGUGGAGAAGCUGGACCUCGGCGGGUUUGUGUCCCUCAAAGAUGACAGCAGCCGAGACAGAAACCUGGAAGCGGCGAGACUCAUCCUCCGCAUGAAAGAUGGGGAGACCAAAUUCACUGCACCAAACUUGGAGGCCCGGGAGCUGUGGAAAGGUUUCCUCUACUCCGUUAUAGAUUUGAAUGUCCCGUCCAGUCUCACGUUACUACCGGGCCAGUUCCAAAUGCUGAAGGAAGUGGUAGAAAAAGAACGGACCAGACGGAGAACCCGCAAUCCAGGACGAGCUCCUCCUUCGCCCCUCUCUGUUCCCUUAGUGGGCGAGAUCCCUCCGUGUUUUCGUCCAGUGUCACGCACAGAAGCUGAAGUACUUUUGGAGAGACACCCGGACUGUGGCAACAUGCUCCUCCGUCCAGGUCGAGACGGAUGCUCGCUGGCUGUCACUACCCGCCAGGACCUCAAUGGGUCAGUGUUCAGACAUUACAGAGUCACUCAGAGAGACCAAGGUGGUUAUGUUAUUGAUGUGGAAAAUCCUAUUCCCUGUGCAACACUGCAUGAUGUCAUUGACGCCUUGGUAGAGAAGACGGCGGGCACUCUGCAACCGUUCCUUCUGGAAGAACCGUACGAGGAGAAUAUCACAUAUGUUUCUGCUAAUGACGAAAAUGGAGAGAAGAUCCUCCAUACUGCCCCCUCCAGCCCCUUACCCAGGGUCCCCGCUCUGCCUCCAAAACAAGACCGUUGGUGCACCAGCCCUCUGUCCCGGUCCCCGGCUGCGGACCGUCGGAUCCUGACCUCACCGGUACCGGCCUCUCCCACCAACCCAAUGAGGCGGCUCAUCUUGUCCCCUUCGCCUCUUACACAAACACUGAAUGAGGAGCUCAAACUUACACUGGAAAAGAGGAAAACCAGCCAGGACUGACAUGAGGAAGAUCUUCCAACGUCUUUUCAAACCAGCUUCAGCAUGUUCUCAUCCGGUGCCUUUUUGGUGGAAGACAAGUCACUACAAAGCCUCUUCUUUCUCCUAUGACUCGAGGGGAUAAAGAAAAAAAAAUAAUAACUCUGUCUCAUAAAAUGGUGCUGGCCUUUUGCUUUAUCUGAAUGCAUCCAGCUGUUACCAACUGCCUCUACGACCAAUCAUAGUGCCACAACAACUAUAAAUCUGCCGGUACAUUCCAGACCACUUGCUGAGACAUUAUUAUUUGUCUGACUGGCGAGAUGCUGAAGGUUCUGCUAAUAAAAAUACAUACCACGCAUUGCAGAGAUUUACACCGGAGCAGCUGAAAGUGUAUUCUCCACUGAUUUAUCUACAGAAAGAAAGAAGACCCGGCUGUUUCAGCACAGAAUUUUUUGUCCGCCUACCAUUUAUAACAAGACUGAUAAGUAAUCCAGGUCGAACUGAACUGGAGAGAAACUGAAUUCUGCACAACUUCUCUGCCUUCUGCUCCAAGAUCUCUUUUGAGGUUGAUGAACAACUUUCAUCACGUUGCUGAUUGUUGACAGUGAUUGUUCUUGCUCUCCACUCAGCUGCUAAGUGAUCCACGUCUGACCUGCUGGAUUCGUCUGCUACUGUAUCUCUUCUGUUGUGUGACGCCUUUGACUCCCCACUUCUCAGCCAUGUCUGUAAAAUUCAGCUGAUUUCUCUUCCUUCACCAAAAAAGUCUCAAUCUGCCUCCUGGAAUAUUGGCUGUAAAUCAAAGCGACAGAAACGUCAUCAGCACACCAUCUUUGCAGAAGCACAAGUGCCUGAUGAGUCUGUUUGACAGUAUUAUGUUAAGGUCUAUUUCUCUAAGGUAUUACAUUUGAUGGUGCUUAAAUGUAAAGUGUUUUUACCCUCAUGUUUGACAUUUUUGUCUCCCUCCCAUCUCUACAGAUUGGUAUCAAACUGUGAACAACUGACUAUUAAGUGUCUUCAUACGAUGAACAAUUUAUUGAAUGUUUGUACAUACAGUAGGUUGUUAUGCAUACAUGGUUACUAUUAAAAAUGUGUGUUUUUGAUAAUUACGGAGAGCAUUAGAUUUCUUCCUUGGGUCAAUUUGUGAUAAAAUGUUUGUCUGCACAAACCUUUUCUGGUUUUAAAUUAUUAUUUUUAUUUAGUCCGUGUCUUAGUGACGGAGCGAGAACAUUGCAUUAAGAAAAGAAUGGGCAUCACAGUCAUCAGGAAGGCUGCUGUCCAAAAAACAGAGACUUGCUGUUCAGAGUACUGUCUCCAAGCAUAUCGAUGGAAAGUUGGGUGGAAGGAAAAAAUGCGGUAGAAAAAGCGUAAAGAACAGGGAUAGCCAUCACUUUGAGUGGUUUGUAAAGUAAUGCCCAUACAAUACUUUGGGAGAAGAUUGGGAUAUGCUAGGUUAGUCUUUCAAAAUAAAUCUUGCAAAUAUCCUUCAAAUCCAAACUUGUUCUUUCAAUAUUCAGGACAUAUUACAUAUUUCUAAUAGGAUUUAGAGACCAGAGGCAAUGCUAGAACUAAUCCUAAUGAAAAAUACAUUAUGCUGUUGGAUGGUACACUGAGUGACAGACAUCAUUAAGGAUUUUUUAAAAUUAAAAUUAAUUAUUUCUUUAAAUGUUACAUAAUACUAACAAGCAGCUGUGAUUAAAUUGAAAUACAGAAAGUGA